GGCGCGCGCCAGCCGCAUCCCAACCUUUCAUAUUAUUUUACAUUACGUGUUUCGUUUCGCGCGUACACUUUGGACCGCGGUAGUUGAACGGCGCGGGAUGUGGAAAUUGUGAAACAAAAAAAAAAAACGUCGGACAAUUUUUUACGAGAAACCAAAAAAUUAUAAUAAUCCAUUUAUAAAAAUGAGAGGGAACGUGAAAAAUAAAAUUUUCGAUGCAACAAUAAAAAAAGAUAAAUAAUAUUUCGAUAAAACUUAAAAAAAAAUCGAUUCAAACGAAAUAAAGAAAAGUAUUCGUUGAUUGAUUAAACUAAACCGCAACUAGACGCAGUUCAAACUAGAUCAGUUUUUGUUUACAUUCUAAUUUUUAUAGCAAACAAAAAACUGUUUUCUUUUGUUGUUUUUCGUUAAUUUCGAUUCGCGCGCGCGUUAUGUUCUGUUUGAAUCUUUAACUAACUGCACGAGAUACGGAGAACAGAGUGUGAAGAUUAGAGAAGAUGGCGCUUGCUUCUUCUGUCAGUCUUUACUAUUCGAUAGUACAACGGGCGGCCCGGCAUUACUUGGAAGACUAUUGUCACACUGAUACGGCAGCACCGUACGUGUUAUACAAGGAUGGCGUUGAACGAGCUCCACCGGGCACACAGUGGGGCGGUGGAGUUCUGGACGGCGGCUACCAGCCCAUGCAACACCAGAGCCCUGGUGGACCGUCCCCUCAGCCCGAACCGCAGUUAGCCUCUCCUGCGCCCUCGCCCUAUCCACCGGCUCCUCCACCGCCGGACCCGACCGCGGCAGCAGAAGAUGCAGCACAACAACUAGCUCAGCAACAAGCCCAGCAGCAGGCUCAACAACAACAGCAGCAGCAGCAGCAACAGCAGACGUCACCUGAACACAUGCAAGUUGAUCAACAACUACAGUCGCAGCCCCAACCGCAGCCUCCGCCGCAAGACCACCUUGAUCGAUCACCGUGCUUCAUCCCGCAGCCCGAUCUACAGCAACAGUAUACACCGUACUUCAAAGAGACCAGACCGGCCAGUCAUAUGCUGAGUACCGGCGGCUUUCCGCUGCACUAUUUAAAACAAAACGGUGGCGUCUUAUCUUUGGAGGGUCCGCUCGAUCAAUACGGAGCGCCAGACCUCCGCCAUUUGCCUGACAUAGUUCAACCUGAACCUCCAAAGCCAAGGAAACACAACCCUAACUCAGAACUACGGCUGUUCAAGUGCUUGACAUGUGGAAAAGACUUUAAACAGAAGUCGACUCUGCUUCAGCACGAGCGGAUCCAUACGGACUCGAGACCAUACGGGUGUCCAGAGUGCGGCAAGCGGUUCCGGCAGCAGUCUCAUCUGACGCAGCACCUGCGCAUCCACGCCAACGAGAAGCCGUACGCAUGCGUCUACUGCCCGCGCUCGUUCCGGCAGCGCGCCAUCCUCAACCAGCACCUGCGCAUCCAUUCCGGUGAGAAGCCAUAUUCGUGCGGCGAGUGCGGCAAACAUUUCCGCCAGAAGGCCAUCCUGAACCAGCACGUCCGAACACACCAAGAUGUAUCACCGCAUCUGAUAUUCAAGAACGGCACCACGCCGACUCUGUGGCCUCAGGAUGUACCGUUUCCUCCCGACGAGAACAAGGAAGAGAUCCAGUCGACUUUUGGAGAUGCCGACGGGCAGAAUGGAGAACAGCGAGGCUCAUGUUUCUCACCGGGUGACACCGCUCAAUAUCCCGCCUACUUCAAAGAUACGAAAGGCCUUAAUCAUACUGUGUUUGGGUCGGGUUUAUCGUUGCAAUAUUUAAAAGGAGGAAAGCUUCCAGAUGUCCUCGGCGGCCGCGCGAUGCCUCUCUACGUACGUUGUCCUAUCUGUCAGAAAGAGUUCAAACAGAAGUCGACUCUUCUUCAACACGGCUGCAUUCACAUUGAAUCCCGACCAUAUCCGUGCCCUGAAUGCGGCAAACGAUUCAGGCAGCAAUCUCAUCUGACUCAGCAUCUGCGAAUCCACACAAACGAGAAGCCAUAUGGCUGUAUUUAUUGUCCACGUUUCUUCCGACAACGUACCAUUCUCAACCAGCACCUGCGCAUUCACACCGGAGAGAAACCCUAUAAGUGCACGCAAUGCGGAAAGGAUUUCAGGCAAAAAGCAAUUCUAGAUCAACACACGCGAACUCAUCAAGGCGAUCGGCCGUUCUGCUGCCCAAUGCCGAACUGUCGGCGGCGGUUUGCCACCGAACCGGAGGUGAAGAAGCACAUCGACAACCACAUGAACCCGCACGCAACAAAGGCGCGUCGGGCAGACACAUCGAAGACGCCCCGCCCGCUGCCGCCAGCCGCCGCCGUGGUCAAACCAGAGCUGUACUUCCCGCAGUGCUACGCGCCACCGUUCCAGCAAUUCCCGACGAGCGGAGAGUUCAAGCCGGCGGUGGGCGGCGCGUGUCUGCCGGCGCAGUGACCGGCGGCCGGCCCGCGCUGGCACACGGCGCCGCCUGAGCUGUACGGCGAGCGCCUGUACAACUGAGCGGGCCUCCCAGUACGCGAGUCGCCAGCACGAGCUCCGGUCGCGAUCGUUUUCGUGACCAUGUAACAUAAGUACCUACAUAAUCCGGAUCGCCGUAACAUGAGCUUCGAUCUAUAUUGUCGACCGUUCUGAAUGCUCCGUCGAGGAACUGUCGUCGGACGGUCGAAAUCUCGUUACCGUCUGAACUGAGUAUAGUUAGCGUUUUCGCUCCGUAAUCGUUAAGUUACCAAGUAAGAAUUAGUUUUCUUGAUGAUUCUCGAUCGAAAUUUUCAAUAUAAGAUAUUCGGAUCGAACCAGAAUUUAGGAUUUAAAAACUUUGUUGAAAUGUUACAACUAAGAAUUGAUCUUUUACCACGUAACAAUAUUUCGCGAUGAAUGUCUCGGGCGCGACCGCGCCGCCUUUGUAUAUUGUAUACAAUUCGUAGUUUUAUUGUAUUAAGUUAAUUUUGUUUAAGGAUAAUGAAUUUUAAGAGCUGGCAAUUAGAAACGAGGUAAAGUAAAUUAAAUUACAUAAUUAUGCUCAAAGACGUCAAAAAAUAACGAUUUUAAAAGCGUAGCUUUAAUCUUUUAAAACUUUUUUCGAAUAACGUGAGAACGGCACAAUGGAUACAAACCAAAAACUUAGGUUACCUUUUGCCAUCGACAAUAUUUUUUUAGUACUUAAACAUCUCACAAGUUUGUGUCGCCUUAGUUUUUAUUUAUCUAGAUGAGAUUAAACUGAAACGUCUUAUACGUAGGUGCCAAAUAGAUUAGCGUUUUAAAUUUUUCUACCAGUUUCGUUUAUUGUUAGGUUGUUACCAGUUUUUUCCAAGAGAUAUUGACAAUUGGGAUGCAUUUAUCGGAAUGGGUCAGACUGAGAAAGGACUGUGAUAGGUAGGUUAGGUGUCAAUUCGCUCACUUAGCGUUAAAAUUUCGUAUUAAUCAAGACGAAAUAUGUCCGAUAUUUCUUUGUUUUUGAAUGAAUGGUAUAAUUGGAUUUUUGGUAUAAUUGGACGACGGACUCAAAAUUUAAAUUGUUUUUUUUUUUAAAGUCCGCGGCUCUACGCUGACAAUUUUCUCUUAUUUGACUGAUUUGAAGAUAAUGAAAUACGAGUGAGAUUAGAAGAAUUUUUACCAAUUAGGGAACGUGUGUGAUGUCGCAAAGUGCUUUGUCGUAGUUUCAUCAGGGGAACGAAGGAAUGCCAGAGUAAAUGUUAUUUCUAAUUGUAACUUAGUGUAACCACGUCUCGAAUUACCAAGCAAUUCGAUCAUUCAUCGCGAAAUAAAUUAGUAAUAGGAAUUAUAAAGAUAUAAAUGUGAGUUUGUAUUUAAUUGUGGUCGGUUCGUCGCCCGGUGCACAAAGCGUCCUACGACACAUCGCGUCCGCACGUAAUGUAGAUUCAUAAUAAUUCAGAUGAUUUGUAUACGAUAUUCAGGAUAUAUGAUAUAGCUGACAAAGUGAUAUAUGAGAUAUAUCUGUUUUGUUGAAAAUAUCGCUUCCGUGAAACACCUCCGCAGUCUCCUAGACUAUAAACAGGGGAGCGAGAGGACGACGACCCGACUCACUUUUGACGUUUUAACAUCUCCAUUCGUAUGUAACCGAACUCCGAAGACAAGACGUACAUUUUAAGAUACCUAUAGCUUUUUUUUACUAUAUUAAUGUGAUGGUUUCGUUUUCCUAACGCAUAAUAUGAAAUGUUAAUGAUAAUCGUAAUAGUUUGCUGAAUUUGUGGGAGUCACAUUCAUACCAUUUUAUUAAUCAUCACUUAACAGCCUGGCCACGGGACAUUCGCCGAUGCGAAUAUUCGCGCGGUGCGAACGGCGAAGCGUCUAGCGACUAAAACAAGCGCAUAGAAAUGUACCUAACAAGCCACGCGCACCGGCGACCGGCGAAGCGACCGGCGAAAUGUACCGAGCGAAUCGCGCGAUGCGGCGGGCGAGCAAAACAAAUGCAUGAAUACGGACGGCGCGAGCCACGGAGUCGAGCGGUAGUCGCGGCGAAUAGUGCAGUGAUUAAAUGAGUUUAGUUGUUUUCGCCGCGAAAAAUUAACGCCGAAAUUUUUAUAUUUUUUAUUUAUUUUUUAUUUUAUAUUUUUAAAGUCGUCGUGGCCUAACGGACGUCCGGUGCAAUCGUGUUGAGCGAUGCACCGGUGUUCGAAUAUCAGGCGGGUACCAAUUUUUGUAAUGAAAUACGUACUCAACAAAUGUUCACGAUUGAUUUCCACGGUGAAGGAAUAACAUCGUGUGAUAAAAAUGAAAUCUUCAAAAUAAUAAUUUGCGUAAUUACUGGUGGUAGGACCUCUUGUGAGUCUACACGGGUGGGUACUACCACCCUGCCUAUUUCUGCCGUGAAGUAGUAAUGCGUUUCGGUUUGAAGGGUGAGGCAGCCAUUAUAACUAUACUUGAGACCUUAGAACUUAUAUCUCAAGGUGGUUGGCGCAUUUACGUUGUGGAUGUCUAUGGGCUCCAGUAACCACUUAACACAAGGUGGGCUGUGAGCUCGUCCACCCAUCUAAGCAAUAAAAAAAUAAAAUAGCUGAAAUACUAGCUAGACCAGCUAUUUGGAAGUCUAGCCACCCAAAGUAUUUCUCGUACUUCUUGUGGAAUUCUCCAUCUAUAGGUAUACUCCGAUUCUUAUUCAAAUCAUGUACUUCACAAUCUUUUCCAAAUAAUAGGUCCUGAACCAAAAAACUAUUAAUUUGUAAGCAAUAUCGAGAUAAUUUCGAUAUAGACAUUUCGCUGUCGGACUUCCUUACUAGUCGCGGCGGCGAACGUGAGUACCCGUGGCCUGCAAACGGUGUUGCGCGAAUGGUCGCCUCGCCCACCGCUUCGCUGUUCGCACCGCCGAUCCCCGUGGCCAGGCCGUAACGCAAGUGAAAACUUUGUGUUGGUUGUUUUUAUUUUUAUUUAGUAACAAAAUAUUGUUUCUCAAAGAAUUUAAUCAUUAGACAGUUAUGAAAAUUUGACGUUUGGCAGUUGUGAUUUGUCGCUCGACGACGGAUUCACAACUGUGAAGCCACAAUUAGAAUUUUUGUUACCGUUUCAGUUUCCUAUCAAACUUUCGGGAGGUUUACAAAAAAAGAGAUGAAAUUACAUCGUUAAAUUGAAUUAGAAGCAGUUAUAUUCCGUGACUGAUGUGGUCCACAUAUUCAGUACUUGUGAUCCUCCAUUGGUAGCGCACGUCCAAUCCGACUUCCGACCGCACACAAUAUAUUCCUUUUCCUUUAUAUUUUAUAUACAAAUCGAGCAGCCUUAAAUAAUAAAUAGAUUGUAAGUAUUUUUAUACAAACAUGAAAGUUUUUCUAUAUACACCGGUCGGAUUGGACGCGACGUGCCUUAGUACAAAGUUUGAAUACAUAUUAUACAGUAUACAGUGCCAUAGCCACGAGAUGACCUCAGAUUUUUAUCAGAGUUUUAUACCAAUACAAAUGGAUUUAAUUUUAAAUAUAAAACAAAGGUGAUUUAGUAUACAGAGAUUAAAGAUGAUAUUUUAUACAAUUAUUACAUACAUUACUAAAUGGUAUAUGUGAAAUAGGCUUAAAUUUAGUAUAUUAAUGGCGACGUGCUGCUUUUUAUUAUUAUUAUUAACGCGUAUGACUAGGUACUGUAAUAUCGACUUGGUAAUGUUUUCGUCGAUCUUGCGAGAUCUAAAGCGUUUUAAGAGGGGCACGUUUACAUAGUACGGAACUCCUUGGAUAGUUCAAUUUUCAGCUGGUUAUUGUAAAUACAUAUCAUUGAGAAAAUCCGAGGCAGUGUUGCAAAUAAAAGCAGUCUAACCCUGAAUCUUAUUUUAAAUAUAUUUAAAAUUGAAAUUUGUCGUUUUCUCUCAAAAUUUCAUAGAAAAUUUUUGAUAAUGUAAAUUAUGAUUGUAGGCAAUAUUUUUUUUAUAAUAUAAGAACAGAAUAAGACAUAAUUCAAGUUUUCGGUAGUAAUCUCUGGCUGUUCUGUUUUAUAUUGCUCACUGUUUUGUUAAGUUUUGCUCAAUUAUACAUAUAUGUAUUUAGAACCUACUUAAUUAUGCGUUUAAUUGUAUUUUACGUAAAAAAAAAUUGUAAUUUUUUACAUUUUUAGAAAGAGCACGGUUUUGCUUUUCUUGUCUAUAUGUAUUUUUACGUUGUCUAUGGUUAAAGCGGUCGUUAUUAAAAAUGUAAUAAUCUACAAUAAAUUAAGUGAAUUGGGCGUUAUAGUUGGGAAAUGCGGAAUAAAUGUUGCUUAUGACAACGUGCCGUCCAAUUUGUCGGGAGCUACUUUAAUCCGCAUACUCUAGGUCAGGCCUGGGCAAAUGGCGGCCCGCGGUAGAAUUUUGUCUGGCCCUUGAAGCAUUGUAUAUAUUAUUAUUAAAAACACAAAUAUUAGUUUUUGUCUAACAUAAAUUGGUGCAUAAUUUUUUUUAGAUAAGAUAUUAAGCAAUACGGAUACACAUUAUCAGGGCCGGUGGGAGCCAAAAUUUUCUCCCAGACAACCGCUCUUUUCAGCGCCUCCUAUUCGAAAAUAUAAUUAUGAUAAUAGAACAAUUACAGUAUGUAUAACAGUCGCACAAUAUCAAAAUUAGAAAAAAAACUGUAUGGCCCGAGGUCAAAUUUUCAUCUGCAAUGUGGCCCGACUAUCAAAAUAUUUGCCCACCCCUGCUCUAGGUCUAUACUACAAAUUUUGUUUAUAUAGAUCGAAACAAUGCAAAAUUGAUUUCUGUAUCAUUUUAUUUAUCAUAUUAAGAAUCAAUAAGAUUGCCGAUUCUUGUCAUUUAAAUGAAUUGUCAAACAAUGAACUUAGUUUCUUCAAAUGGAAACUACUCAUUCACACAAAAAAAGCUAUUCAUAGUAAAAUAUAUUAACCACGACGUUGAUAAGCUUAAGUUUUCUUUGUUUACAUAUUUAAGAACGAAAGGAGAGAUUAAGAUUGCAAUACUUAAGAAAUUUAACAACAUACUUUUCUUCAAGAUGUAUUUUGUAUUAAAUACAAUGGAACUUGCAAUAUAAUAAGCGAAGCUUGUAAAAUAACGGUCGGUUAGCUGCAAUUGAAGAGAAAAAAUAAUUAAAAAUCAACAGAGAUGAGAGUUCUCUUGCCGAUGCAUUAUCGAAUGCAAAUUCCUUUAUUUAAUAACGCAUUUAUUCGUGAUCUCAUUUAGUGAAACGAACUAAACAUGUCAUAAAUCGCUACUUAGUUUGCUGAAAGAAAUAUAUUAUUGACUAUUGAAAUUAUGUAUGUCAAUUCUGCAAGAAAGGUAGAAGGUGAUUACGAUAAUCCAUGUUUCGCUGGGACUCUAAUUUUACUGCAGCUUGUCCUCUGAGAUGGUGGAGUUUACUAUGACACUAUACCCUAGGCUUAUUUGCACAGGCUGGUAAUGGUACCAGCUGGAACUCACUAAAGGGUAUUCAUUACGAUGGCGCAAUGAAUAACCUUUAGGGAGUUCGGUUUUAAGUAACCUCCCUAACUGAUACGAUCCGCAAACAGAGAGAUGGCAGACACUAAAUCGGCGAUUUUUAAACAUACCAAAAAUGUUUGAGCAUUUCGGAAUUAGUUCGAUCCAAACAGCAUACGUUAUUUUGAUUUAAAACCUUCACAGGUAGGUAUGAGGAUUUACAAAACAUACUACCGGGAUAACUGUUUAUAAUUAAUUAUCUGUACUAAGCUAAUGCAGUUGCGUUGCACCACAAAAAAUGUAAUACCGAUAUUCUUGUAAUUGUUUCAGCGCUAAAGUUUUAAAUCGGUCACAUUUUACUACACAUUAAUAUUAUAAAUAGUUAAUUUACAAGGUUAACGAUAAUUCAAAUAUGUACCUACAAUUUUUUUUUUUUCGUUAUGCCGGCCACUGACAUGCGCGCAAACAUUCGUACAUUGUACGAAUGUUUGCGCGCAUGUGAAGGGCUGUCAAACAUUCAUUCGCAAACCUAGCGGCUGUGCAAAUGGGUUCGCAUACUCAAUUUGCGAACCCGUUUGCGCUUCCUCCUACACUUGUUUACGAAUGUCUCACGAAUUUCUCCUCCUUUUUAAUUCGUCAAUAGAACAUUGAAAAGAAAAAGAGUUUUGAAUUCUUUCCCAGACAUCAUUAACAGCCAUGCUGUUUUUAUGGGAUUUCUUUUGAUGAAGAUACAUACGCUACACAGUAGACGUCACGAACUAUGAAAAUGGCGAUACGUCCGUUACCUUCGCAAUCGUCGGCGCAACUGGGCAAGCGAAUGUGUGGGAGACUACGCGAAGGUUCGAGGUUCGCGCGCUUUGAUGUAUGUUAAAAAACCGACACAGCUUAGAAAACCACGAAUGCAGCGAAAACUUUGCAUAAUCAUUCGCAAAUGUCGUCCUACACUUGCGGGUUUGCGUAUUCGUGCGCAUGAGAGUGACCGGUGUUAUGCGUCCGAGAAAUGUGUAAAUUUCACAGAUAUUUGCUAUUUUUCUCGACGUCCUUUAAAUAAACAAUUUUGUGCAACGCAACUGAAAAAUAAAUAUUUUUGUUUUUUAUGUCAAAUUAUCACAGGAAUAUCUCAUUGCAGGAAUAGUACCACGCAUGAUAUGACCUUAGGAAUAAACAUUUUUAUUUUAUAUUGAGUUGGCUACUAAUUAGCUUUUGUGUCUUCCAUUAAUUACGCUGUAAUCAUGAACGGCUUGCAAAACCCAAAGCUUAUUAUUACUGUGACCAAAAAUUUAAAAUCACAGUUUUAUUUUGGUUUUGCAAGAAGUCAUUUAUUUCAGUUAAUGUGUAUUUUUUGUUUGUUUUAUAUCUAUGUUAACGUUAAAAGGUGUUUAUACUGCAGUUACUGUAGUAACAGUGCAAUACACUACAAUUAUUUUAUUGCAUCUAAUGAUUUUAACCAUUUUUAUUUUAACGGAUAAUUGGUAGCCAACACGUGAAUGGCCUAUUUAAUUUUCCUUUUAUAAUCUAAGUACAUAUAUCUGCAACAACCUGUUGUAAACACUGCCACACUCGCCAACCGCUGUCAAAGUUACAACAGAUUAUAAAAAUAUUUUUUUCUUUAUAUGACAAUAGAAAGACUUGUUGAAACAGUUCCACAGUAAAAUAAGUGUUGAAUUUUUAUAAAGAUGAACAUAUUUAGAUUUAAAAUGAUCUUGUAGUCUGGAUUGAGUUUUAAACAGAUUUUAUUGUGUGCAUACUUUUUUUUUUAAAUAAAAUACAUAAAUGAAACCGCGUCGUCUGUUAAGCUUAUUUUUGCUACAGUUUAAUACAAUACAGUUUUACUUAUACAAUGAAAUACAGUAGAGAGAUUAUAUACAAUAUACAACAGUUAUACAUACAUGAUUAUCUUUAUUAUACAGAUGUUUCGUUUUUCUGAUGACAGCUUCGCAGGCGACGUCGCUUCAAAGCAAUUGAUUUCAUUAAAUGGGUGCUGUUAUAUCAUUGAUUGUAGAUACAUAUUUAUUGUAAUAUACAAACAAUAGACUGGUAAUUUUUACAAUGUUGUUAGGUUUCUAUAGAAUUAUAAAUAAUGAAGUUGUAAAGAAUUUAAUACCUAAUGAGUUUCUGUACACAGUAGGUACAUAGGAUUUUAAAAGUUAAUUUUAUGAGUUGCCAGUGUUUUUACCAGUCUUCCAUGUGGUAGGGCCAUUGAUCAGUGGAAUUAAAGGUUAAAUAUUAUUUAUAUAUAUUUUUGAUUUUCUACGUAACACUGUUUCCGUGAAGUGGCCUAAAAUGUAUGAAUUCUUUACAACUUCAAACCGGAUGUUACAAUAGAAGUAUAUUUUCUUACAUUCAUACAUGAAGUGCAGAGAAGUCGUGAUUCAAAUAUAUGAAAUUCAUUUUAGACAAUCCCAGAAUACAAGAUCGAACUUUUUACACACAACAAUAGGCAAACGGAUUUUACGUUUUCUUUUCCUUUCCAAGUUUUUCUCCUUAUUUUACCACGAUUUACCAAAACAAAAAGCAGUUGGUUGCGAUACGGUCACAGAUCCAGGCGACGAUAAAUUUAUAAUGUUGGCAUUUAUGUAAUCAAGAAAAAAAAUCAUUAUUGUAAAUAUUUUUUCUAGUUCUUCCAAAUCGAAAAUAUUAUCAGUAUUAAAUACAAAAUUCAACUUUGGUUAAGUCAAAAAGUGUACGUGUGAUCUGUAAUAAAAAAUGCAUUAUAAUUCUCGGUGUAACCUAUAAAAAUUUAGAUGUUUUUUUUAUUUUCACGAUUUUUUUUAAAUGCUUUAGAUUGUAUUACAUACUUUUAACUUUUAUUAUAAUGAUCUUGCCUUUUGCAUUUACUUUAGUUACGUAUGAUAUGUUUGAAGUUUUCAUUUUACCAUCGUAUUUAUGUAUAUUAUUAUUAUUAUAUUAAGGGUUUUGUUUGUUUUUUUAAUUAUUAUUAUUAUGUCAUUUAAUAGAAGUAAAAUGUUGUAAAAAGUAAGCUCGUUGUAUUUUAUCAAAUAAACACUUUUUAGUCCAACUGAAGCAAUAAAA